AUGAUUCGAAUGGAAUUCCUUUUAUUACUAUUAACAAUCGGUGAGUUACCAUGGAUGUGCUUGAGGCAUAAUGAACAAAUGACAGCAGAACUGAGAUUAAGUGGCCUCCACUCAGCAAUGGAAAUCUCGCUUUGCUUUUACGCUGCAUUUGAAGAACAUUUCUGGAUUUCAAAUAAAAAAGUGCAGUUUGAACUUGCUUCUUUACUCGCAACUCAGUUCAAUAUAAAAACGAGGCACACUUCUGUUGCAGUGUUUCCAACUAACUCGCCAUUCUUUUUAUCUUCUUGUUAUAAUGCGAUAGAUGCAAUCCCUGAUGAAGAAAGGCAGAGAAAACGAAAGAGUGUUCGAACAUUAAAAACAUGUGAAAAAGUGUAA